UUUGGGGUUUUAAAGCUCUCCCGCCAAAAUAAUUGACCGGUAAUUGCCGGUCGUUAGCCUUAUAGCAACUGGUUAAAAAAAAAAAACCCUCUAAAUCUGACCGACAACCAUUCUUCUGGCGCCGGCGAUUUGACUCUUUUCCGAGAAAAAUCGAAAACCCUAAUUUUUUUCCCUUUUUGUACAGAUUCACUCUUCUUUGGGUCUCUCUAGAUUUCGAUGAAAUUUCGAGAAUCUAGGGUUUCAAACUAAAAUUGAGUCUUUGAGAUUUGCCAAUUUUCAUUAUGAGCUCUAUCAAUAUCACUAACGUCACCGUCUUGGACAAUCCAGCGCCAUUCGUGAAUCCAUUCCAGUUCGAGAUCUCUUACGAAUGCUUGACUUCUCUCAAAGACGAUUUGGAAUGGAAGCUUAUCUACGUAGGAUCAGCUGAAGAUGAAACCUAUGAUCAAGUUUUGGAAAGUGUUCUUGUUGGUCCUGUUAACGUUGGGAAUUACCGAUUUGUGUUACAGGCUGACUCUCCAGAUCCGUUAAAGAUUCGUGAGGAAGAUAUUAUUGGUGUAACUGUGCUAUUGUUGACUUGCUCAUACAUGGAUCAAGAGUUUAUUAGAGUUGGCUAUUAUGUCAACAAUGACUAUGAUGAUGAACAACUCAGGGAAGAGCCUCCUACCAAGGUUUUGAUUAAUAAAGUCCAAAGGAACAUACUCACGGACAAACCUCGAGUCACUAAGUUCCCUGUCAACUUUCAUCCUGCGGAUGAGCAGGCUGGUGGUGAUGGGCCUCCACCUGCUGAACCAUUUGAUGAUUCUGUUGUGAAUGGAGAAGCUCGAGUGUUGGUUGAGCAGUCACAAAAGCUACAGGAGACAUGAUUCUAGUUUGACUCAAACCUAACUGGAAACUGGAUUAGAACUAUCAUCUCAAUACUAAUCGAAAGUUCUUGCAUUUGUAUUUUGUUUCUUUUAUCUAGAACAUUAUCUGCAAUUGUGUUAUUGUUUGUAGAAAUUUAAGUUCUUUUUGCAACA